GAAUUCGAGGAUCUCUACGACAACUUUGUGACGGCUCAUCGAAGGCCCUACCACCGCGAGUCCACCUGGGACAAGAUCACCCAGCCGAGCAUCCUCCUCUCGGUCCUCAUCGUCGCCGUCACUGUCGGAUACAACUUCUAUGCGACUUCUGCUACACUCCGGGAGUGGAUACAGUUGCUUGGACGGUGCUUCUGGGAUGCUCUCGUGGCCAUCGUCCCAGAGCGCCUCCUGGAUGUCUUUGAUACCCCAGAUACUUCGACUUCGAACUCAACCUCGAAAUCCAUGUUGCACGACGAUAAAAGCGCCCAUGCCGCGAAGAGCGAGAGGUUGCGGAGGGUGAUGGGCCUGGACAGCUCCAGGGGAAUGAUGGCCUCUGUGUUCCAGGUCAGGAAUCGCGCCCUGUCUAUGACCGGUGGCGUCCUGGGCUUGAAACUAGAUGGCGAUCACCCACCUGGGCUAGGAAAUAUGGACAACUCUUGCUACCAGAACAGCAUCCUCCAGGGAUUGUCUGCUUUGAAGCCUCUUCCCGACUAUCUCUCAGCUUGUCUGGAAGCUUCCGACAACGAAGAUAUCGAUCGCGAUGUUGCGCAGACAUUGCGAACACUUAUUAACGAUCUAAACGAUGUGUCGAACUACGGAAGGACGCUAUGGACGCCGGGUGUCCUCAAGUCAAUGAGUACAUGGACGCAGCAGGAUGCGCAAGAAUACUUUUCAAAAAUCCUCGAUGAUGUCGACAAGAGUGUCGCCAAAGCCUUGAAAAUCGCCCAACCACGGAACCCCGGCUUGGCCGCCAAGGUCGAAAAGGACGAUACAGCUGCUAGUGAGCAUAGCGACGACAGCGGUUAUCAAAGUCUUAGCAGUUCAGGCACACUCGACAACAAGUUACCACGAAAUCCUUUGGAGGGGCUUCUUGCGCAGAGAGUGGCAUGCAUUCAGUGUGGACACUCGGACGGUCUGUCCAUGAUACCCUUUACUUGCCUAACUCUGAGUCUCGGACUUGAUAAGAAUCGGCACGACCUCUAUGAGCGACUAGAUGCUUACAGCAAAGUUGAGGCGAUCGAAAAUGUGGAAUGCGCCAAAUGCACACUCCUCAAAGCCCAGAGACUUUUGAGCACACUGGUUGAGAGGUUCCGCGAGACAGGGAAAACUGACGAACAGCUCGCAGAGCCGUUGCGCAGACUGGAAGUUGUGGAAUUAGCACUGGAAGAAGACGAUUUUGAAGAGAAGACGUUGACAGAGAAGUGCAAGAUCUCACAGCAGAGCAAGGUCAGCACAACCAAGACGAAGCAGAUUGUUGUGGCCCGACCUCCCCAGAGUCUUGCGAUUCACAUGCAACGAUCGGUAUUCGACCCUUCGACAUUUAACAUGAUGAAGAAUUCGGCUCCGGUCAACUAUCCCAUGACGUUAGAUCUUGGUCCUUGGUGUCUCGGUAGUACCGGCGAACCUAUCCCGACCUCUGACCCUGAUGCGGCUGCGGAAGACGGGGAGAAAUGGACGUCUGAUCCCAGGAAAUCAAUGAUCGCAGGCGACUUGGGGGAAUCGAGGCUUACAGGACCCAUCUACGAGCUUCGAGCGGUGGUGACGCAUUACGGUCGACACGAGAAUGGACACUACAUCUGCUAUCGAAAAUACCCCAGGCAUAACCCGCCUACCAAGGCGGUUGAUGGGGCCUCUUCCGAACCGGGCGACCAGGUGGAGGAGGUCAGCGCAAAGGUGCAACCCAAAGAGGACGGCGAGCCCGAGAUGGACUGGUGGCGGCUGAGUGAUCAUAAUGUGUCGAUGGUCAGCGAAGAGACAGUCCUGAGCCUGUCACCUGGAGUUUUCAUGCUGUUUUACGACUGCGUGGAUCCUACGAUGGUACUCACAGAGGAUGUCAAAAUGCAGGAUGCGGGCGAAGUCACAAAUGAGGUUGCAGUUGCAGUUGCAGUCACAGAUACCCCGACAGAACAGACAGGGAAGGAGAAUCAAGUCGAACAGGGGGUUGAGAAUCAAGCGACCAAUAACAAAGCAGAGGAG